CUUUUUGUGGUGCGUCGGGGCUCAAAGUUAAUUUCAUUAAGUCAAAGGCUUUAGCAUCCAGAUGUGUUGAUGGGAUUUGAAGGAUAGGUUUGUUGCUAUCACUAGUUUAUUGGUGACCGGGUGACAUCCAGGCAUACAUCUUGGAAAACUAAUAUGUUAAAUAAGCCGACUCGCGCUACUUUGGCUAAAUCCGUCCUAUGGGCUAUUCCGGUGUAUGUCAUGCAACUCGGUUGGCUAGCGCAAUCUUACUUAUCAAUCAUGAAUCUGGUCAAUAAUCAAAACCGGACCUUCUCUAAAUUGUUUUGUAGUAGGAAGUGUAAGGUGAAGCAGGAUGAGGCAGUGGUUUGUUGACCACCAAUAUAUGAGAAAAUCUCGUUGACUGCAAAACAAAAUUAGGUCAAACUACUAUAAACAAAAUUCUUUGUCCUAUUUACAUUUUUAGACCCACUUCAUUCUCCUCCAACUAACAAAUUCAGAAUUCUAAACUCUUCUCUCAAAUUCAGAAUCCAUCAUUCUUCCUUUCUUUCCUUUUCUGGUUUUCAAUUGAAAUUCCAAUUUCAUUGAUUGGUUACUGCAACAGCGAAUUCCCCAGUUAGGGUUUAUAUUUUGGGUUCAUCAUUGUUCUCAAUUUUUUUUUUCUCAUUUUCAUUAUUAUUGUGAUCAUUAUACGAAAUUCGAAGCCAACCCAUUUUAAUUCAUGGCGUCGAGUUUCGACCGGUGGGAGAAAGAUCCUUUUUUUAACGCUGCUGAAGAAGUUCAGGAAUCUGCAGACAGGAUGGAUUCUGCAUAUAGGACUUGGCUACAUGCAACAAAAGAUACUUCGAGUAUGUGGAACUCCGAUGAACUCCGCAGAGAUCUACAAACUACCCUUGGCACUGCUAAGUGGCAGUUAGAGGAAUUUGAACGAGCAGCGAGGUUAAAUUAUAGCCGGACCUCAGGUGAAGCAAGAACUAGGCACCAAGAUUUUAUCACUGCCAUUGAAGAUAAGAUAACAAAAGUUGAGCAUUUGUUACACGAAUCAUCCACUACGGGAAGUAAAGCGUCCAUGCCUUGGAUACAUUUGGAUGAAGGUGAACAAGAUGAGCUUGCUUCGUUUCUUUCAGGAAUGCCAGCAGCUGAAAGCAAUGAUCCAACUUGGUCUAAGAGUAGGGACGGUGAAAAUCCACAAUUAAGUGAUAAUGAUUUAGUCAUUAAUUGUUCAAAGAAUGUUCAUAUUUCGUCUGGGUUGGGUGAAGCAAAGGAGGAGACACCACGCGGGCAUCGUAGGGCAGCGAGUGCUAGUGCAGAUAUUGGUUUUUGGAAAAUUUCAGUUGCCGAUGAUGCACAGCAAUCAAGUUCCUCCAGUGGUUCUUCUGGUCCAAUGCAUAAGGUACCCAGUUUAUCAGGAUUUGUUAGUGCCAUGGAAUCCAAGAUGAAGUGGCCUAGGAAUGGUUAUAGAAAGCUGAAAGUAGUGGAUCAUCAUAAAGAAACUAAGAGUACGCUACUUCCUACAGCUGAAACAAAUAAGGGCAACAUGGCAUGCUACGGAAGAAGUAAAAGUAGCCUUAAGAGUUGCGAUGAAUGCUAUGACAAGAACCUCUAUGGAUGGUAUGGGGCUAUUCGGAGACAGCUUCAAAGAUCUCAAUACCAAAUGCAAUACAGCCAGCCUGUUCGAAUAACCGUUUCGAUUGUUGUUCUACUUUGUUUGAUCGGUAUGUCCUUGUUUUGAUUGCAUUUCGCACAAUGUAGAAGGAAGAUUUAGAUGCACGAUUCGAUAGUUUUUAGGUGGCAGCUGCACCAGGGACAGACAAGCUUUUGAAACAAAGUUCAUGCAAAUAACCCACGUGGUUCCUUUGGAAAGAAAGAUAGGUUAGGUUUUCUGGUUCCCACUUAAUGUAUUAUUAUUUAGAGUCUACCAUGGCAAUGACAUUACCUCAAUUUUCCAUUUUUUGCUAUUCAUUCUUUGCCCCCUUUUGUUCAUGAAGAGCUCUCUGUUGUACCUUAUGAAAAUGGAGAUGACGAAUGGGAUUGACCUGUUAGAUGUUGUAAUAUAUAGGAGACAUGUCUUGUUAACUAGUGUUCUUUACCCGUGCGUUGCACGGCGAUUACAUUUAUUUUAAAGAUGAAUCAGUAGAAAUAUGUUUUAACUUA